UAGAGUAUUCAAAGUGAAAUUAAAGUAAACAGUGAAAUUUGAAAAGAAAGAAUACGAGAAAAAAUAUUUAUUAACUGAUAAGAAACAACUUAAAAUCAACAUAUACACAGACAAAAGUAUCUACAAAUAUAUUACGAUGAUAAUAAAAUUCCCAUUAUAGCGAAAAGCAGCACUUGGAAAUACCACAUAAUCAUACAUUUAUGAAAACAGUACAAUUUUGGAAUUGGUCUACGAAGGAGUCAAAUAAAAUUGAUAAGCUGCUGGUCGCUUGGAGCUAAACACACAACAGAUUAAAAUAAACAACACAACUGUUGCUAUAAUAAUAUACAUACAUUUUAAUACAAAAAUACCUACUGUGGUUAAAGUUUGCCGGUAAAGUGGCCUUGAUGUGACUGUAAUAAAGAAAGUGAAAUUAUAAAAGAACCAAAAAUGGGUACUUGCUAAGGCUUCGUUUGUUACAAAAAAACAAAAACAUUUUAGUAUCAAAAAAUAUAUAUAUAAAACAUAGAACUAUAUUUUGCAAAUAAAGUACAAAGUUCAUAAUUGUAUCGAUUAUAUUACACUAAUGCUAAAAUAAAAGUGCAGAACCUAUACUAAUCUAAACAAACAAUAUGUUAAAAUCAAAACCGCUAUUAAAAAAUUUUGCCAAAGAAUUUAUUUGUCUACGAAAAGCCAGUUCUAGACCAGUGCCCGUUGAUCCGUCAAAUUUCAAAUUACAAAGAGCAUUAUUAAUAUCGAAAUUAUCACGCUAUGAAUUCGAACAAUUGCGACAUCCUCAUCUCAGCAAGGAACAGUUGGAGAAGAAAAUACGCAAUCGAGGUACCGAUUUUGAAACAUUGAUGUAUUUGCAUAAUCUGCACAAAGAUUUCGAACGAAAAAUUGUGCGUAGUUUUCAAGAUGUUGGCUGUGAAGUUAAGUUAGCCAAUCGAAGCUCCCUAAGCAAGGAUGUUAUGCGUUGGGCUGAUGUUAUUGUACCCAUAGGUGGUGAUGGCACAUUCCUCUUAGCGGCUGGUCGAGCCAGUCCCCUAUUUGCCCAAUCUCAACAGAAAACCCCCAUAGUUGGUUUUAAUUCCGAUACCCAGAGGUCAGAGGGCCGUCUAAUGUUGCCAAAACAGUAUUCGGAAAAUCCUGCCGAUGCUGUGGCCAAAAUAAAAAGUGGCGAUUUUCAAUGGAUGCAUCGUUCUCGCAUACGUACCACACUGCUGGGCAAUAAUGGUAAAAUACCCGAGUCUACCGAUUUAUAUCGUCACACUGUAACGAAAAUGGAACAAGAAAAGACUGAACCAGAAUAUUUGAGCAAAGAAAUGUCUCGAAAAUAUAAGGCAAAAAUGCAACGAGUGUUACCAUACUUAGCCUUAAAUGAAGUAUUCAUUGGUGAGACCUUAUCGGCGCGUGUCUCACAUUUGCAAUUAAUUAUCGAUCACCAAGAUGUGGUUAAUAAGACAAAAUGUUCAGGUUUGUGUGUAAGCACUGGCACCGGUUCUACAUCAUGGCAUACGAGUAUAAAUCGUAUAAGUAAACAUCAUGUGGAGGGACUAUUCAACAUUUUGCCUGACACAGCGAAGCAAGCUUUACAGGGACUUAGUGCAGAGCAACUGUCACAGACCUACAACCAAAAUUUACUUUUUGCACCAGAUGAUUCAAGAAUUUGCUAUUCUAUAAGAGAACAAAUUUGCGUUGGUGUUUGGCCCUCACCCAAAGAAUUUGAAUCGAAAAGUUUUGUUAAAAAUUUAUAUGUUAAAUCUCGAUGCAUCGAUGCUAAUUUGGUUAUAGACGGCAGCAUUUCCUAUCCCUUCAAUGAUGGUGCUAAAGCUUUGCUAGAAAUCCAUCCACAAGAUGCUCUUCUAGCUAUAAGUUUGGACUGAUUAAAAACAAUUAUUUAUAUCUACUACCUAUCUAUCGAUAAAAAAGUUAAUGCCUAAUUAUAAUUUUUAAAAUUUACUUAUACUCUAUAUUUGUUUUAUUUUCAUAUACAUGUACGUACGUACAUAUUUUACAUUAAUGCAUCUAAAGUGUAAACAUUUUGUAAUUUAAGAAAAAAAGGUUUUUUAAAAACGUGUUAUUUUUUUCUACAUACAAUAUAAGUUUAUUUAAGUUUAUACAAUAAAAACUCCAAGCAAUGGA